GAAAGAAACAGAAUAUUUACAUAUGUAGUAAUUUUUUUCUCCGCGCCAAAGACUUGAUCAGGGCCAUAGAACGUUCCACCGGGCAGUGUAGAAGCCGUCCAAAUCUCACCGUGCAUCACAUACCGUUACGGCGGCGCCCCCUCUCCCCGCUGCCAGCUGCCGCUAGACAACGCAGCAGUGGAAGAAAGCUUCUUUCCAAUAUUCCCCCGCCUUGUUCCCAUUCUUCCCUCCUCUUUCCACCCCUGCAGCUGCUCUGCUCCCCGCAUGGUGUGAAUUGUGAUCUGCCCGCCCCCGGGGGAAGAAAAAAAAAAGAAGGAAAGGCGCGACGCUGCUAGCUAGCCAUGCCCCCGCCGCGCGCCGCCGCCGCCGUGCCGGUGGCGCUGCUGAUCCUGGCCCUGGCGGCCGGUGCGGCCCGGGCCGCCGACGACCUGGCCUCGGACGCCGCGGCGCUGCAGGCCUUCCUGGCGCCGUUCGGGUCCGCGACCGUGUCGUGGAACGCGUCCCGGCCGGCCUGCUCCUGGACGGGCGUCGUCUGCACGGGCGGCCGCGUCACGGAGAUCCACCUGCCCGGGGACGGUCUCCGGGGCGCGCUCCCCGUCGGCGUGCUCGGCGGGCUCACGAAGCUCGCCGUGCUGUCGCUGCGGUACAACGCGCUCUCCGGCCCGCUGCCGCCGGACCUCGCCUCCUGCGUCGAGCUCCGGGUGAUCAACCUGCAGUCCAACCUCCUCUCCGGCGAGCUCCCGGCGGCGGUGCUGGCGCUCCCGGCGCUGACGCAGCUCAACCUCGCGGAGAACCGCUUCUCCGGGAGGAUACCGCCGAGCAUUGCCAAGAACGGGCGGCUGCAAGUUCUCUACCUCGACGGCAACCGCCUCACGGGGGUGCUGCCGAACGUCAGCAUGCCGUCGCUCACCAUGUUAAACGUCUCCUUCAACAACCUCACCGGCGAGGUGCCUAAGGGCCUCAGCGGCAUGCCGGCGACGUCUUUCCUCGGCAUGCCGUUGUGCGGCAAGCCCCUCCCGCCGUGCCGGGUGCCAAGUACGCCGGAAUCACCGACGCGGCCUCCCGCGCUCGCGCCCGAAGCACCGGCGGCCUCGCCAGACAACCGCGGACGAGGCAGGCACCACCUCGCCGGUGGCGCCAUCGCAGGCAUUGUGAUUGGCUGUGCGUUCGGCUUCUUGCUCAUCGCGGCCGUUCUCGUCCUCGUGUGUGGCGCGCUAAGGCGCGAGCCAAGAUCAACCUACCGCAGCCAUGACGCCGUCGCGGCAGAGCUGGCGCUGCACAGCAAAGAGGCAAUGAGCCCCAACGGCUACACUCCGCGGGUCUCCGACGCGAGGCCGCCGCCUUCGGUGCCGCCUGCCGUCGCCGCCGCAUCCGUGGGGAAGAAGAAGCUUUUCUUCUUCGGGAGGAUCCCUCGGCCCUACGACCUCGAGGACCUGCUGCGCGCGUCCGCCGAGGUUCUCGGCAAGGGCACGUACGGCACCACGUACAAGGCCGCGAUUGAGUCCGGGCCGGUCAUGGCGGUGAAGCGCCUCAAGGAGACCUCGCUGCCGGAGCGCGAGUUCCGGGACAAGGUCGCGGCGAUCGGCGGCAUCGACCACCCCAACGUCGUGCCCCUGCAGGCCUAUUACUUCAGCAAGGACGAGAAGCUCAUGGUGUACGAGUUCGUGGCCAUGGGCAGCCUCUCCUCCAUGCUUCACGGCAACCGCGGCUCCGGCCGGUCGCCGCUGAGCUGGGAGUCGAGGAGGCGCAUUGCGCUGGCCUCUGCGCGCGGCCUCGAGUACAUCCACGCCACGGGCUCCAUGGUGACGCACGGCAACAUCAGGUCCUCCAACAUCCUCCUCAGCCGGUCGGUGGACGCGCGCGUGGCCGACCACGGCCUGGCGCACCUCGUCGGCCCCGCGGGCGCGCCAGCGGCGACCCGCGUCGCGGGGUACCGCGCGCCGGAGGUCGUGGCGGACCCGCGCCGGGUGUCGCAGAAGGCCGACGUGUACAGCUUCGGCGUGCUGCUCCUGGAGAUGCUGACGGGGAAGGCGCCGACGCACGCCGUGCUGCACGACGAGGGCGUGGACCUCCCGCGGUGGGCGCGCUCCGUGGUGAAGGAGGAGUGGACGGCCGAGGUGUUCGACACGGAGCUGCUCAGGCACCCCGGCGCCGAGGAGCAGAUGGUGGAGAUGCUGCGGCUGGCCAUGGACUGCACCGUGCCCGCACCGGACCAGCGGCCGGCGAUGCCAGAGAUCGUGGCGCGCAUCGAGGAGAUCGGCACCGCCGGGUCGGCGUCGACGGCGAGGUCCGGACGGAGCGCGUCCAUGGACGAGGCCGACGACCGGCCGCUGAGGCCCACCGGAUCGAUCCGUCAGAGCUAAGAUGGUGGUCAAGUUGGUGAUAGGAGAAGCCCUGAUGCAAUCACGCAAUGUGUAAUUACUUCUAGUACCUGAUUAAUGUUCAAUGGAAAAGUUUUAGGCUCGAGCCCAUUGCAAAUUUGCAAA